UCGAUCUGGAGCUUGUGGUACAGCAGUAGCCACUCAAGUUGGUUGGUUACACUCUGCUCAGUACUACAGCUCCACUGUAUCUCUACAAGCUGCUAGCCACUCAAGUGAGCUGAAUCACGGCCACAGUUUGUUAUCUCAUCAGGUUACAAGACAUAGGUGAGUAGUAAGUGUAUCAUUCCGAGAGGCAAGAAUCCAAGAUCUUGGAUCAGGGGCCAAGACGGAGGCGGUGCCGUGGGGUGAAGCAACCUACCUCACAUGCUGUGUUGUUGGAACCGAGCUUAGCAGCUGCGCUUCCAAGAACACAUCGUAUCACUAACCUGGGCUUGGCUUCCCGAUCCAUCAGCACAGUUACCAACGUGCUCACGCACUGACUGAGCUGACUGAUCGAUCCAUCCAUCGAGCAAGCAAGCUACGCUUUAAUCGUUGGAGUGAUCUGAGCAAGCAGCCAUGGCGUCGUCGUGGUGGGGCGACAAGGAGGAGCAUGGCACGCCGGUGGUGGUCAAGAUGGACAACCCCUACUCGCUGGUGGAGAUCGACGGCCCCGGCAUGGACAGCUCCGAGAAGGCGCGGCGUAGCAAGAACGCCAAGCAGUUCAAGUGGGUGCUCCUCCUGCGCGCGCACCGCGCCGUCGGCUGCGUCGCGUGGCUCGCCGGCGGCUUCUGGGGCCUCCUGGGCGCCGUCAACCGGCGCGUCCGCCGGAGCCGGGACGCCGACGCGGAGCCCGACGCCGAGGCCUCGGGGCGCGGCCGCCACAUGCUCGGCUUCCUCCGCGCGUUCCUGCUCCUCUCACUCGCCAUGCUCGCCUUCGAGACGGCGGCCUACCUCAAAGGGUGGCACUACUUCCCUCGGGACCUGCCGGAGCACUACCUCCGGCAGCUCCCCGAGCACCUGCAGAACCUGCCGGAGCACCUCCGCCACCUGCCGGAGAACCUCCGCCACCUGCCGGACGGCCUCCGCAUGCCGGAGCAGCAGGAGAUCCAGGGGUGGCUCCACCGCGCCUACGUGGCGUGGCUCGCCUUCCGCAUCGACUACAUUGCGUGGGCCAUAGAGAAGCUCUCCGGCUUCUGCAUCGUCCUCUUCAUGGUGCAGUCCAUCGACCGCAUCCUCCUCUGCCUCGGCUGCUUCUGGAUCAAGGUCCGCGGCAUCAAACCCGGCCUCGUCGCCACCAAGAAACGUGGCAACAAAUACGCUGAUGACGAUGACCUCGAGGACGGCGAUGACCUCGGCGCCUACUUCCCCAUGGUCCUUCUGCAGAUGCCCAUGUGUAACGAGAAAGAGGUGUACGAGACGUCGAUCUCACACGUGUGCCAGAUCGACUGGCCGCGGGAUCGCAUGCUGGUGCAGGUGCUGGACGACUCGGACGACGAGACGUGCCAGAUGCUCAUCAGGGCGGAGGUGACCAAGUGGAACCAGAGGGGAGUGAACAUCAUCUACCGCCACCGGCUGUCGCGUACAGGGUACAAGGCCGGCAACCUCAAGUCCGCCAUGAGCUGCGAGUACGUCAAGGACUACGAGUUCGUCGCCAUCUUCGACGCCGACUUCCAGCCCAACCCAGACUUCCUAAAGCUCACAGUCCCACACUUCAAGGGGAACCCGGAGCUUGGGCUGGUGCAGGCGCGUUGGAGCUUCGUGAACAAGGACGAGAACCUGCUGACCCGGCUGCAGAACAUCAAUCUGUGCUUCCAUUUCGAGGUCGAGCAGCAGGUCAACGGCAUCUACCUAAACUUCUUCGGCUUCAAUGGCACCGCGGGUGUGUGGCGCAUCGAGGCCCUCGAGGACUCGGGCGGUUGGAUGGAGCGCACCACCGUGGAGGACAUGGACAUCGCCGUGCGCGCCCAUCUACAGGGAUGGAAGUUCAUCUACCUCAACGAUGUUAAGGUGCUCUGUGAGCUGCCGGAGUCGUACCAGGCCUACCGGAAGCAGCAGCACCGGUGGCACUCCGGCCCCAUGCAGCUCUUCCGCCUCUGCCUCCCGGCCAUCAUCAAGUCCAAGAUCCCGUUGUGGAAGAAGGCCAACCUGGUGAUGCUCUUCUUCCUCCUCAGGAAGCUCAUCCUGCCCUUCUACUCCUUCACGCUCUUCUGCGUCAUCCUGCCGCUCACCAUGUUCGUGCCCGAGGCGGAGCUGCCGAUCUGGGUCAUCUGCUACGUGCCCAUGAUCAUGUCGGUGCUCAACAUCCUGCCGGCGCCCAAGUCCUUCCCCUUUGUCAUCCCAUACCUCCUCUUCGAGAACACCAUGUCCGUGACCAAGUUCAACGCCAUGGUGUCGGGGCUGUUCCAGCUGGGCAGCUCCUACGAGUGGGUCGUCACGAAGAAGGCCGGCAGGACCUCCUCCGAGUCCGACAUCUUCGCGAUGGCGGAGAAGACCGACACCGCCACCAGGCCCGCCCCCAGGCUCGUCCGCGGAGUGUCCGAGGCUGGGCUGGAGGCAUGGGCCAAGACACACCAACUUGACAACAAGGACCUGCAACUCAAGGCCGAGGCAGAGGAGGUCACAUCACUGGCAGCCGCGAUCAAGAAGACCAGUAAGGCCAAGCCUCCCAACAGGAUCUUCAAGAAGGAGCUGGCACUGGCCUUCCUCCUCCUCAUCGCGGCGACACGCAGCCUGCUCUCGGCGCAGGGGCUGCACUUCUACUUCCUGCUCUUCCAGGGCGUCACCUUCCUCGUCGUCGGCCUCGACCUUAUCGGCGAGCAGGUCAGCUAGUGGCAAGCAGAAAUAAAGUGGCCCUACUUGCCAUGCAUCGAUCACGACGACGUGCGCCAAGGCUGCAUAGUGCCCAUGGGAGAAUUUUUGAUCGAUCAGGCUACUGGGAUUAUGACUUUUAGCCCUUCUAUUAAAUUUAUAUAUCCUUUUGAUUUUAUUAUCUUGAGAGAUCAAAGACUCAAUGUUACAUAAACUGUUCUUGUGGUCUAGCUAGCUAGCUAGUUCCCUGUUGCCAAUGUGAGAGGCAAGCAAGCCAUCAAGCAGGUUGUUAAU